CGCUCCCGGUGUCACUCGGAGCCGCCGCGGAGCGCCCGCUGCCGCCGGGGGGCGGGGGCCGCGGGCUCCGCCGCUCCGCAGCAGCCGGUAGCCAUGCGCUGGUUUAGUUGCUCGUAGUUGCUGAAGUAAAACUUCUAUCCUCCCCAUGCUAACUGUUGACAUGGAAAACAAGGAAAAUGGCUCUCUGGAUGUCAAAAAUUCAGUAGAGAAUGGGAGACCUCCGGAUCCUGCUGACUGGGCUGUUACCGAUGUUGUGAAUUAUUUCAGAACAGCUGGAUUUGAAGAACAAGCCAAUGCUUUUCAGGAACAGGAAAUUGAUGGCAAAUCAUUACUGUUGAUGACAAGAAAUGAUGUACUGACUGGACUUUCAUUAAAACUGGGGCCUGCGCUGAAAAUCUAUGAAUAUCACGUAAAACCUCUACAGACACAACAUCUAAAGAACAACUCUUUAUAGCUAAUUGUCU